AUGAUGGCUCCUCAGCAGAUGCAGCAGCUGCUGUCCCCCAACCAGCUGCAGGCUCUGAUCCACCAGAAGCAACAAGCCCUUCUGCUGCAGCAGCAACAUCUGAAAGAGUCUUACAAGAAACAACAACAACAGAUUCAUCUGCAGCUGCUUCAACAAAAGCCCGCCAAGAAAGUCAAAGAGCUCCCUGCCCAGCAGCUGGUGUUCCAGAAGCUCCUCCAGCUGCAGCAGCAGCAGCUCCUCCGGUUGCAGAGGCCGGCCCCGUCCUCUCCUGCCCUCGGUCCAGCAGGUUUCAGCCCUGCAGAGAUGCAGCAGAUAUGGAAAGAGCUCACAAAUGGAAUAAUAACCGCCGAUAAAACCACACCGAAGAGCAACCAGGACCAGGGGUCGACGAAGGUCACGGGGAGGCAGAGCAGCGACCGGUGGCUGUCCACCCCUCACAGUGCAGAAUGUGCUGUGGAAGCUGAUCGCACCGCCACACAUUCCCUCUACGCCCACGGUGUGUGUCAUUGGCCCAGCUGCGAGUCGGUGUGUGACAACUUGAGCCAGUUCAUCAGGCACAUCGGCAGCGAGCACGCUCUGGAUGACAGAAGCACGGCGCAGUGCAGAGUCCAGAUGCAGGUGGUGCAGCAGCUGGAGCUGCAGCUCGGCAAAGAACGGGAGCGUCUGCGAGCGAUGAUGGCUCACCUGCACCUGCCGUCCUCGGAGCCUCGGUCCAUCUCGGCACCCGGCGGCCUCCAGCUGCCGCGAUACAACCCGGCCGCCGGCCCGCGGGGCCUCCAGCCGUCGUCGAGCCCGUCGGAUUCGGUGACCCCGCGACCUCUGCUGGCGCCCCAGGCGUGCGAAGAAGAGUCGCGGGCCGGGACCGGAAGACGUCGCCAUCGCCCUCUGGUCUCCUCGCUGUCUUCAGAAAAUGAAUACGAGCUUUACAAGAACGUGGAUGUCAGGCCGCCUUUCACCUACGCAGCGCUGAUCAGACAGGCGAUUAUGGAAACAUCAGACAUGCAACUAACACUCAACGAGAUAUACAACUGGUUCACACGGACGUUUGUCUAUUUCAGGAGCAACGCCCCCACUUGGAAGAACGCGGUGCGCCACAACCUGAGCCUGCACAAGUGUUUUGUGCGUGUGGAGAAUGCGAGAGGUGCCGUGUGGAUGGUGGACGAGGAGGAGUACCAGAGGAGGAAGUCCCAGAGGAUCUCAGGGAGUCCGUUGCUGAUGAAGAACGUGCCCUCCGCCCUGGACUUCCUCCCCGUUCUGAAUGCCAACUUACAGAAGGUAGUGGCCGAGUGUGUUCGAAGGCACUCCCAGAUUCAGAUACAGGAGAGCAACGCAACAAACAGCCAACAGAACUUCUCUCCCGCGUCCCUCUUCCUCAAAGACGAAGCGCUGAAUCAGAACGACCCAGGAUCUCUGCUGCCAGCCGGCCGGCACCACGAAUAUGUCGAGGAGCAUUUGUUUGACCUUGAAUGACGAGAGAGAACUGAAGCCAUCGGUUGCGGAGCAGGGGACUCAUCCUCCACGGAUCACAUGCUGCACCGGCUUGACCUCACGGUCGUCCUCAGCGAGUCGGGUCAGGAGGCCUGGAAUCCUCACAGAGACAUCAAGAUCUGAUGGCAUGGACAUUUUCCCAAAUUGUGGUUCAUUAUUAUUUUUUACACAUGAAAACUGAUUGAAUCGACACGCCUUUCAACAUUUUUACUCGACAGAAAAGAAAGUUUGAUAUAGUGCCACGAGCUGUGUUGGCCUGUUAUUUGAUCCGUUUCUGCUUUUCUGAUAAAGAUAAAAAAUGAAUAAUAAAAAAAUCUUUAAAUAUAUGUGAUAAAACGACUAAAAGAUAUGGCAGUAAAUAUGUGAUUUAAUGUGUUUAAAAUCUAUCCAUAUAAGAAAAUGAUGCUUUUUUUUGUUUCAAAAAGUAAAAAUGUCAGUAAAAAUUAAAGGACAGUCACAAAUAUAGUUGGGAUCUGAUAGCUUGUGAGUUUUUCCACCAUGAACAAAUGUAAAUGACAUAUUUGUUUUCAUAUGACGCGAAGAGAAUGAAUGUGUUGUCUGAUUAUUGCGUUAGCUCUAAUAAAUAGCACGGGGUGAAUGUGAAUGUGAGACAUUACAGCGAAGAGAGAGAGAGAUGUUUGUGGUGACGGUUUUCUGUGGAUGAAAUAUUUGAUAACGGGGAGUCUGUGCUGUGGCUUCUCUCCAUCGUCUUUGUUCAUGAGGCUGUUGAGAUGUGAUUUAUCAAUGUUAAUUUCUUAAAAUGUAAGUAAAGUCUGGUGUGUUUUCCCGUGUGAAACUUCAAUGCAGCGUUGUUUCCAUUCGGAGUCCAUAGGUUCCACUUUUAUAACAUUUUGAGUAUUUACAAUAGAUGCUGUGCACAUACAACUAUCUGUAUUCAUACGACGCGUCUGUAAUUAUGUGAUCCAAAGUGUCGAAUUGCAAUGUAAUACAUUUAUGUAAAUGUUCUUUUGUUUUGUAAAUUAAUGCUGUUUAUUUUUAUUAUUGGGAUUAAAUGGCGUUGGAAAAAACCCCUAA